AUGUCCCCUUAUCAGUUGGUCUAUGGCAAAGCUUGUCACUUGCCAGUUGAGUUGGAGCAUAAAGCUUACUGGGCAAUCAGAUACUCAGCCUAUGAGAAUGUCAUGCUCUAUAAGGAGAGAACCAAGUUAUUACAUGACAAGAAGAUUGCCAUAAGAGUCUUUGAGCCAGGACAGCGAGUGCUUCUGUAUAAUUCAAGGCUCAAAUUCUUUCGAGGAAAGCUAAAAUCUGGGUGGUUAGGACCGUUUGUGGUUACCAGAGCUUCACCAUAUGGUCAUGCGGAAAUACAGGAAAAGAAUUCUAACAGAAAAUUUACAGUGAAUGGCUAG